GACUACGCACAUUAAAUGACCAGCCUUCCUUGCUUGGAGGAGGCACUGUCAGCAAAUGAAAGCGAUGAAGCUUCGGCAGGCUGAGAGUCAAUGCGCAAUGUCGUCGGAGAAGAAAUCGCCACAGCAGACCUAUUCUUUCGACAAUGGGAAAGCUUCCAGCCGGACCAAGGACGAUGACGGAACUCAUGAUUUGCAGACAAAGCCACAGGAAGUUAAAGAGAGCAAAGAGAGCAAGGAGAACAAGGAGAGCAAGGAGGGAAAAGAGAGCGAAGAGAGCAAAGAGAGGGAAGAGAGGAGAGAGAGCAAAGAGAGGAGGAGAGAGAGGAGUGAGAGAAGUGACGGGAGAGAGAGCAAAGAGAACAUGCCACGAUCUGUGAACGAGAGUAGAGCAGCAUUGCAACGGGAGAGAGAUGAUUUGAUCCAGGACAAAGAGGACCUCAUCAGGUCGCUCAUCAAAGCCAGCAAGGAGAGGGACAAGCUUGUUGUGCUGCUGACAAGUACACGGGACAUCUUCGAAGAACUCCAGGCGAGGACGUUGAAGAGCAAGGACAUCAUUCAUCGGUACAAGAAGAUAAUAAAGAGGACGACAGACGUGUUAUGGUAUCAAGGCUUCAUGGCAAGGUUCUUCACUCACUGGAGGCUGAGAACGACGAGGAAGCAUAAGAAACGAGCAGUUGCUGUCUUGUCCCGGGCACAGGAACUGCUGAUGCAAGUGCUUUCCGAGCUGGGAAGAGCACGGGCGAACCGAAAAACUCUAGAGGACUCUACGAGUCGGCUUGUGCAUGAGCAGUUUCAAGAAGCUAGGAAGACCAGGCAGAUGCUUGAGGACAUAGACUCCCAGUUCCAAGUACUGCGGUCCCAGGUUCAGACGUGCUACGAGGAACACAGGCGGCCAUUCAAGUAGCAGCAACUGCAAAGGGAUGGGGUUAACAUCUCUGCAUCGUGUCCAAAUUGACGUUCGACGUCGUCCGUUCUGGUGAGGUGCUCUGCAGGAUUACCGUGUAGGUAAGCCGUGGUGGCGAUCAGCUUGCGGCAUGACAGCCACAACCGAUCGGUAUUACUCUAUAAGCCAG